CUCAACACACUUCUCCAACAAGCUUUCUACAUCCACACAAAAAAAAAAAAGUUGUCCAAACAUAAGCACACAUUUACAGACAUGGAUGAUCUUGAGUUCUUACAAGAUCUAUCCAAAUUCAACUUCCCAGCAACCAUCAAGAUCCCAUCUAAAACCUCUAAAGACAACAAAGAUGAUAACGACGAGGGCUUUAGCUGCAACACACCCACAUCUCAAGAACACAAGAUUCCUUCAGUCCACGAUUCUCCACCUCCCCCGCCGCGAAAACCUCGUUCGUUGCCGUCAAAACCGUCGCCAACGGCGGCUCUGAUGAUCAGAUCGUGUAAGAGGAAGCUCUUAGUGUCGACCCCUGAGAUUAUCAUGAAUAGGGAAGAGAUUGACCGUUUCUUCUCCUCCGUCUAUAGUGACACGUCGACGACCGCGAAGCGGCGGAGACGUUAUCUUUGUUGUGCGCGAAGAUGA